AUGAAUGAGGGCUCGAUGACUAUUCUGGAAAACAUAUCACAUAAGGUGGAACCAGGUCAAAGUAGCGCACCAGUUGGCUUAAAGUGGACCUUGACCGCCAUUGUUGAAAAUGCCAAGGCUUUACUGCAUUUGACCCCCACCAAUGAGGAGGUUUUGAAAAGUGCUCUAAAACUGCCCUUGAAUGACAAGCUGCUACUGAUUAGUAGCCUUACGGAAGCUCUUUUGAGUAAAAAUAUGCCAGUCAACGACCGGAACAAUACAUUUGAGACUGUAGUCAGUAUUUUAUGCCAUUUGGGACCAGAAUACAAAACAUUUGUCAAAUCGUUCAUUGCGCCUCUGAUGGAAGGGUAUUAUAAUGAUAUACGCAAGCCAUUCAUUAGCUAUAUGGGUCAACAAUUUCGCAGUGCUGACGGAAGUGGCAACAGCCUUUUAAUACCUGAUGUAGGAAAGGCAGGUAGCUACUAUUCCAGAACAGUGGCAAAUACAAGCAAGAGAAACAUGGAUCCGCUUCCCUCAGCCAAGGACGUUUUUGACAAACUAUUAAGACGUCCCGAUGGGAAAUUCUCCAAAAACAAGAAUGGAAUCAACAUGCUCUUGUUUUAUAUCGCUAUUUUGAUUACUCAUGACCUCUUUCAUAGCGAUCCCCAGAAUCCUGCUAGAAAUCUGACAACGAGCUACAUUGAUUUGUCGUCUCUAUAUGGUAAUAACCGUUCAGAACAAGAAGCUGUACGCCAGAUGAAAUGUGGUUUGUUGAAGCCUGAUCAAUGGGCAGACAAACGAUUGGUUUUGCAGAUUCCAGGCGUUUGUGCACUGAUGGUAAUGUUUUCUCGCAACCACAACCAUAUCGCUAAAAAAUUACUCGAAAUCAACGAGAAUGAAAGGUUCUCUUACGGAAUCGGCAAAGCUUUGAGGAAUCAAGAAGAACAAGAUGAGCACUUGUUUCAAACUGCACGUUUGGUCAACAACGCAUGCUAUCUGAAUAUUGUCAUCCAUGAGUAUGUUCGUAGUAUAAGUGGUGCUGAUGCUUAUGCCGAUUUUGUACUGUUUGAUCCUAAAGACGCGCCUUUUGAUCCAAUUUAUGGUAAUUCCGUAUCAUAUGAAUUUAACAUUAUCUACCGUUGGCAUGCGGCUUUGGGUGAAAAGGACACAAAAUGGAUGACCACGGUAUUUGAAGUGUUGAUGGGGGAUAGUAAUACGGCUACUGAAAUUCAUGACGCUGACGCUGCAUCAUUAGCCAUAAGAGAGAAGAAUGAUCACCACCAUCUAUUACAUAGGAAAAAAGAAGAAGAAAAGAGACCAGAAACAGAAAAGGCAGCUAAAUCAAACAGCUCUUUUCAAGAUCGCUUAUAUGAAAAAUUCUGUGAACACUUUGUCCACGCUACUCCAGAAGAGCUCGAAAGGGGAUUUCCAAUUGCUGGAACCCAUCGGUCUGAGGACGGUACCUUUCCGGACCGUGACCUUGUACAGUUUUUGAAGGAUGGCUAUUCUCAGAAUGCAUCGGAGCUGGGUAAUGGUCGAAAUACACCUGCUGCUUUGGAACAUGUUGAAAUUGCGGGCAUAAAUCAAGCACGAGCUUUAAACAUUUGUACCUUCAACGAUUUCCGUAGGCAUUUCAAUUUGAUGCCUUUACAAACUUUUGAGGAUUUCUCAGAGGAUAUUGAAGUACAAAAGGGCCUGCAAGAAUUGUAUGGAACACCAGAGAACGUUGAGCUUUUCCCUGGCUUGCUGAUAGAACAACCAAAGCCCCUUGGCAUCCGUUUCCCUUAUACAAUGAAUAGAGGCAUUCUAUCUGAUGCAGUCAACCUUCUUAAGAAUGACCGCUUCAUUAUGAAAGAAUUUAUACCAGCCAACCUGACAAACUGGGGCUAUGAUUAUAUGUUAGGAGAUCCGAACAACACCAACAGAAUUUUGCCUACACUUCUCACAACUUUAUUUCCUGACAUUCCUCCUGGCUCAGGAUUCUCUGACGAAGCGCUCAAAUCUCCUUUUAUUGUGCCAAAUAACUAA